GCUGCGGACAGCGCUGCAGCCGGCGCUCGGCUCACAGUCGCAACGCCCCGCCCCCGCGCUCCGGACCUGGGCAGGCGGUGGCCGCUCGGCCGCUCCCGGGGCCACAUGGCUGAGGGGGACGCAGGGAGCGACCAGAGGCAGAAUGAGGAAAUUGAAGCAAUGGCAGCUAUAUAUGGCGAGGAAUGGUGUGUCAUUGAUGACUGUGCCAAAAUAUUUUGUAUUAGAAUUAGCGACGAUAUAGAUGACCCCAAAUGGACACUUUGCUUGCAGGUGAUGCUACCGAAUGAAUACCCAGGUACAGCGCCACCUAUUUAUCAACUGAAUGCUCCUUGGCUUCAAGGGCAAGAACGUGCAGAUUUAUCGAAUAGCCUUGAGGAAAUAUAUAUUUUCCUUUGGGUGCUGAUGAGUGGUGAUAAAAAGAUGAUGGUUUCAAGAGCAACUGUUAGAGGAAGGAGACAGAAUAUUGGUGAAAGUAUUCUUUACCUGUGGGUGGAGAAAAUAAGAGAUGUCCUAAUACAAAAAUCUCAGAUGACAGAACCAGGCCCAGACGUAAAGAAGAAAACUGAAGAGGAAGAUAUUGAAUGUGAAGAUGAUCUCAUUUUAGCAUGUCAACCAGAAAAUCCAGUUAAAGCAUUGGAUUUUGAUGUCAGUGAAAAUCCAACAGAAAUAGAAGAAUUACCUCCGAUUGAUCAUGGCAUUCCUAUCACAGACCGAAGAAGUACUUUUCAGGCACACUUGGCUCCAGUAGUUUGUCCCAAACAGGUGAAAAUGGUUCUUGCCAAAUUGUAUGAGAAUAAGAAAAUUUCUAGUGCCACCCACAACAUCUAUGCAUACCGGGUCCUUUUAAGGUUACUUCCUGGUUCUGGGGCUGUGUUCCUGCUUUGGAGUUAUGGGGCACUCUUCAGGCUACUGGUAAACACAGCUAUCGGAUGCUGCAUCAUUAUCUUCCUGGCAUGUGAGGAAAGGGACUGUGAGGAUGACGGGGAAACAGCAGCUGGGGGGCGUCUUCUCCACCUCAUGGAGAUUUUGAAUGUGAGAAAUGUCAUGGUGGUGGUAUCACGCUGGUAUGGAGGGAUUUUGCUAGGACCAGAUCGCUUCAAACAUAUCAACAACUGUGCCAGAAACAUUCUAGUAGAGAAGAACUACACAAGUUCACCGGAGGAAUCAUCUAAGACUUUGGGAAGGAACAAAAAAGUAAGAAAAGACAAGAAGAGGAGUGAACAUUAAUACCUGAAAGUGUUUGAAAGGUCAAUUUGCCUAUAAUCAUAUACAAAUUCCACAGUCAUCAAGGAAUAUGUUGUGCAGAGAAAGAAUCCUGGACUGUUCAAGUCAGCCAAUUCAUUGUGGACACCAAUAUUAAUCUUUUCUUCUUUGGUUAUAUCAUCUGCCAAAAAUAGAGAACUUGUGAUUAUUUUCAUGAGUGUUUCAGGCUGAUUAAGAAGGAUUAAUUUGAACUUAAUCACCACUUUAUAUAAUUUUAGGAAGGUAACAGUUGCCCAGGGCAGUACCUGAAUUAACUGUCCAUUUCAUUACAUGUCAAGUGCCUUUGUUAGGUGGGGAAGAAGUGUCUCUAAAGGAAUAUAAAUACCUGAUUUCUUGUCAUUGGGAUUCUCGUUUUGUUAAAUGAAUAUUACCUUUUACUGCUCUUUACUGCUCCGUAUGGCUUACUGAAAUAGGGGCUCAUUGAAGAUUGAUCUUAGAGAGUUUCUUCUUGUGAUUUUAGUUCAUAAGUAUGUCACCUUUCAUUUUAUAGUGCUCAUGGAAUGAUGGAUUAAGUGAAAAUCCAGGAGUAUCCAUCUGCAGUUAUGUGCUGAAGUGAUAAUUCAUCUAACAGAUUCGUUAGCAUAAGUGUUAUGCCUCAGUUUCUGUUGCAAAUUGGUGAUUGUGAAAUUUCAAAAAGUGAUUUUCUAAUCUCUACUUUUCUUGUUUAAUUCUUGUACUGUUAAGCAAUAAAUAUGGUGUGCCAGUAGUCUCCUCCCACCGCCGAAAUGUGUUGGUGUAAUAUUCUGGUUUCUUUUAACAACCUGGAAGUACUUUCUUGUGAUCUUCAUUGAGAAAUUAGAACUAUGCCAGAAGCUGUGCUAUGGUUAAUGGAACAUUUAUGGAAUGGGGUAGAGGUGGCAGAACACCACUGGUGUAAGGUGAGAGUGUAUUGUGUAGUUCUGUAAAUGUGAUGCACAUUUCCCAUCCACACGCCUCCAGCUAUCUUUCUCAACUCCAUGACUUUGUGGAGAGAAGGAGCAAAUCUUUGAUUGGAAAAACAGAGAAAAUCCCUCUUUUUUUCCAUCUUCCUUUCAUCCGUGUUUUAUAAAAGUUCCUUCUUUCAUCUGCAAGUUGUGCAGGUUACCUCUAGGCAUCUAGACAAUAAAUUUAUCCAUGAGAUAUAAGUCAUUAACUGUUCCCUUUUAGAUAAUGAUUGCAAACAAUUAUUAAAAAUUAUUAAUUGGUCACAGAUUUACUUGAGAUUCCCUGCCAAAGAGAGGGAACAGAAAUAAGGAAGCAAUUUGGGAUGGUGCUGGAGCAUGGAAAACAUCAGAGAAGAGUGGACCCAGAUUUUUUUUUCCAUUCUCUGAUGUUUUACCUUUAAGAGAUCUAACAUCGGGCUUCCCUGGUGGCGCAGUGGUUGAGAGUCCGCCUGACGAUGCAGCGGACACGGGUUCGUGCCCCGGUCCGGGAGGAUCCCACAUGCCACGGAGCGGCUGGGCCCGUGACCCAUGGCCGCUGAGCCUGCACGUCCGGAGCCUGUGCUCCUCAACGGGAGAGGCCACAACAGUGAGAGGCCCACGUACCGGAAAAAAAAAAAAGAA